AUGCAAAAACUCACGGAGCGCAUAGACGACCUGAAGCAAAGAAUAGCUGCUUGGGGAAAGUGGAUUCGGCGAUAUACCGAGAGGUCGACACGGUUCAACCAGCAUCGUCUCUUCCAGAGUGAUCAGAAGAGGCUCUAUAAAUCAUUGGAGCGACCAAUAGUAAGUGGAACGGGCCCUGCACCAAAUCAGGCCGACAUGGUCGCAUUCUGGCGCAGCCUGUGGUCAGAGCCCGUAAAUCACAACGAGGGCCCUUGGACGGAAGUUGUGGCGAGUCAGUGUGCGAGUAUUACGCCCAUGAACCCCGUCAUCAUAACGCCGGAUGACGUAGCUGAGGCGGUCCGUAGGGCUCCGAACUGGAAAAGUCCGGGGCUUGACGGGCUGCAUCACUACUGGCUGAAGGGGUUCAUGAGUGAUCAGAAGAGGCUCUAUAAAUCAUUGGAGCGACCAAUGGUAAGUGGAACGGGCCCAGUACCGAAUCAGGCCGACACGGUCGCAUUCUGGCGCAGCCUGUGGUCAGAGCCCGUAAACCACAACGAGGGCCCUUGGACGGAAGUUGUGGCGAGUCAGUGUGCGGGUAUUACGCCCAUGGACCCCGUCACCAUAACGCCGGAUGACGUAGCUGAGGCGGUCCGUAGAACCCCGAACUGGAAAAGUCCGGGACUCGAGGGGCUGCAUCACUACUGGCUGAAGGGGUUCGUGAGUGAUCAGAAGAGGCUCUAUAAAUCAUUGGAGCGACCAAUGGUAAGUGGAACGGGCCCAGUACCGAAUCAGGCCGACACGGUCGCAUUCUGGCGCAGCCUGUGGUCAGAGCCCGUAAACCACAACGAGGGCCCUUGGACGGAAGUUGUGGCGAGUCAGUGUGCGGGUAUUACGCCCAUGGACCCCGUCACCAUAACGCCGGAUGACGUAGCUGAGGCGGUCCGUAGAGCCCCGAACUGGAAAAGUCCGGGACUCGACGGGCUGCAUCACUACUGGCUGAAGGGGUUCGUGAGUGAUCAGAAGAGGCUCUAUAAAUCAUUGGAGCGACCAAUGGUAAGUGGAACGGGCCCAGUACCGAAUCAGGCCGACACGGUCGCAUUCUGGCGCAGCCUGUGGUCAGAGCCCGUAAACCACAACGAGGGCCCUUGGACGGAAGUUGUGGCGAGUCAGUGUGCGGGUAUUACGCCCAUGGACCCCGUCACCAUAACGCCGGAUGACGUAGCUGAGGCGGUCCGUAGAGCCCCGAACUGGAAAAGUCCGGGACUCGACGGGCUGCAUCACUACUGGCUGAAGGGGUUCGUGCGAUUCCCAGAUGCUCUCGUGUGA